UGACAGUGCGCAGCCUAUAAUUCAGUCCGGACAAGAGACACCUUCAACCAGGUCCCGGACUCUACCCGAGGCUACUACUGAGGCCGUUCUAACAGGACAUGCCUCGAAUAGCGAAUCAUAGAAUAUAGGAACAACGAUUCCAAUAUCUUGCAAAGGAAAAGGUUGACAUCACAUGUGAAUGAUUUGGAGAGGCAGAGGGGUAUAAACAAACGGAGCAGAUAAAGAUGUUUACAUUACCAUGCCCUGUCUCCAUCGCCACCACCACAUUCGUAUAGCUUCCUCUUCAUUUUCUGCACAGACGCAGAAUGCAUUGAAUAAUUGAUUAAAAGGGAAGAGGAAUCCAAUGUGGACGGGAGGAGAGGAGACACUCGUGACACUGACAGUCACAUCAAUUUAGGAGCGGCCCUUAAGAGGAUGCCGUUUAUAUUUGAAGGGCAGAAAUGAAGUCAUCUCCAGGAUAGCACCGGCCACUGUGAGCGAAUGCAUCCGACCGGAGUUUGCUGGCGAUCUGCGGGACUGCUGCUCCCCGUAUUUGCGUCCAUGCUGCGGGAAUCAUCCUCCGAGCUCUUCCCGACUUGAGGGGCUUUUACCAGCUUAUUGUUAUAACAGUGAAUUCGUUAAAAUGAUUUCGUGGUCUAGAAGACGGCUAUUCCCGAGGCUUUUUUGCAAUAUUUGUGUCAUCGUUUGCUAAAAGACUCUGCGCAUAGAGAGCUGAUCAUAUUUCACAUAGCUCUGACAUUUUUAUCCUAACAAAAUUCUGUAGAAAACAUUUAAUUAUUUAUAGGCUAUGUUCCGUGAAUUGCAUAACAAAAGUUUUGGCUUGUGUCCCGGGUUGAAGAGUGUAGGCCCUAUGGGGUUAAGUGUGUGUCUGUUUGUGUUUAUAGUAGGCACGCGUAGCAGCCAAUUCGCACAAGUUUAUUAUGUGAGUUAGACAUUUUAUUACAAUUUGAAUGAAUGUUUUGGAGGUUGUUUCCCCCACGGGUAUCGUACUCUAACAGCUGGACAGUGUACCAUUCACUAGGGGACAGGUGUGUUGUCCAACGAGUCAGGUGGGGAACGAACCCAGAGGUCCUAUCCACUUUAAGGCCUCUUGACUUUAUGUGUGGGGGGGUUUAAUGUUUAGUGCAAAAACAAAUAUUUGUAUGCAAGUCAGCCUUGCAUGACUGCAUGGGGGAGCAAGUCAUUUCUUACAGAAGAUUCUAACAUCGGAACAUGGGCACCAAACAGACCAAAGGUGCUGGGUGCCAAGACGCUGGGCCCAGCCCACAGCACGGGUGGAAACGGACCCCUACCAAGGAGAGGGGUGACAUCUUCACCUCCUUCAUGUUGAGGUCAGGGGACCGGCUGUGUCAUGGAGGGACCCCUCUGCCCUACCAGCGCCGCAUAGGCAUGAUCCAGGAGAUGAUGCUGAUGGCCAAGCAAGGCAAACAGGACAAGGCCACAGAGAUGCUGCAGACACUCCGGCAGGACUUGGGGAUGGAGUCCACGUCUCUGGAUGAUGUGCUAUACCGCUACGCCAGCUUCAGGAACCUGGUGGACCCCAUCACCCACGACCUCAUCAUUAGCCUGGCCAGAUACAUCCAGUGUUCGCCCAAGACAGGCCCGGGGGAGGAUUCUCUGGGUGCCAUGGAGAAGGUGUGUCGCCAGCUGACCUAUCACCUGAGCCCACACUCACAGUGGAGACGGCAGGGCAUACUGAAGAGGAAGCCGCUGGCAUGUCUCAAGGUAAUGCUGUCGACCCCUCCCCCCAACGGGGCGCUGGACCUGUCGGGCAUCCCCCUGACGGUGCGUGACAUGGAGCGCCUCUGUGUCUACCUGCAGCGCCACGCGCCCAUCAUCUGCAGCCUGGAGCUGGGUUUCACCGAGCUCACCGACGACGCCUUCCUCCUCCUCCUGCCCACGCUGGCCGCCCUGCCCCGCCUCGAGACCCUGGCCCUCAACGGCAACCGGCUGACCCGUGCCGUCCUCAAGGAGCUGACGGACAGCCUGAAGGACCCAGCCAGCUUCCCCAGUGUCACGUGGAUCGACCUGGGCAACAACGUGGACAUCUUCUCCCUGCCCCAGCCCUUCCUGGUGAGUCUGAGGAAGCGCUGCCCCAAGCAGGGCAACCUUCCCACCAUCCUGGAGUUUGGUGAGAGCCAGGCCAGCGAGCCCGAGGGGAGGGUGGGGGAUGAUGACGAUGACAGGGAUGACACCAACAGGACAGAGAGCAUGGAUGAGCUGAGGUCGGAGGUGGAAGGGGAGAUGGACGGAGAGACGGAGAUUGAGGAGAUGAUGGAAGAGUUGCUGGACUUUGACCUGGAGGUGCAGGGGAAGGAGGACGAGAUAGAGGAUAGCAUGUGGACAAUGGAGGAGCAGAGGAUGGGAGGAAAGCGGAGGGAGGAGACACAAGGACAGGGAAUUAGGAAGAUGGUGGGGAAGGCGGAGCUAGAGGAGGAAGACAUACAGAGUCAGUCCUCCCACUUGUCAUGCUCCAGCCAAUCGCAGCAUUCCUCUGGAGUGGUUGAGCUGAUGAAGGAGGAAGAAGGAGAGGAGGGGACUGAUCACUUAGACCACCUGACCUGAGCAAGAACCCCAGUCCACUCUGCUUGUAACUUCCCCUCCCACGUUGUGACUAGAAUGAGAAGAGAGCAGUACCAGCAAACAGUGAAUGUUCCUAUAACGUUAGGUAACGUUCUUGGAAUGAAUAGGUAACCGGAACUUGUUUGCUGGGUUGGACAUCUGGGGGAGGGGCUCUGUCAUCUCAACCUACUGGAAUGGUUCCGGAAUAACCAACUGAUCUGGGUGUACUGUUCGUCCAUGGAUGCACAGUUUAGGGAGAUGGCAAUCCAGGUUGAGAGAGGAGGACGUUUGUGAUAACUCUUAUUGUUGUUUCAUUAUGAAUUAGGAUUAUAAUCCUCUGUAGUAAAGAGUAAUAGAUACAGUUGAAGUCGGAAGUUUACAUACACCUUAGCCAAAUACAUUUCAACUCAGUUUUUCACAAU